CCCGGACACAGCGCGCAUCCGGACCAAGCCGAGCCCAGGCGAGGCCCCCGGACUCUUCGCCCGGAUCUCACGCCCCUCCCCUCCCAGACCCCAGACCCGUGGGUUCCCACCCACCUCCCGUUCCCUCUUUCCUCCCCCGCCGCCUCCUGUAUCUCCAUCCCCAGCAUCCUCCCCGCGCCCCUGCGAAUCCCCCGCACGGCCAGCCCCACUAGCUUCCCACCCUCCUCUAGACCCUCUUUCCGACCGCAUCCGCGGCUCCUGUCCCUUGAGUCCCAAUUCCCCGCCCCUGCCUCCCCCGCACAGGUUCGUUUCCCCUAGCCUCCGCUCCCCUUUUCUGCUCCCUUUUCCUCUCUCUCCCCCAUUUGCCCCCACUACUGUCCUCCCCUCCCUCCCCCACCCAUCUCAGCGCCCCCACCCAGGCCGGGGUGGACGGUCCGGCGCGCCUCCCUGGAGCAGCACCAAGGUCCCGGGGCUCCAAGAGGGUGGGGGCGCAGGGCGGGGAGCAUGGGGAGGGGGCGCCCCAUGUGAUGGGAGGGGGGCGCAAGCGGAGGCGGCGGAGGCGGCGGCGACAGCGGAGCCGGGCCGGGGGCUCAGCGGGGUCCGGGGGCUGGGGGCAGCGAGCAGGGCGGCCCCAUGGCCGGGCCCCCCUGAGGCAGUCCGGGGGAGUCCCCUCCCCUCCCCAGCUCGGGGGUCUCCGGGCCCCAUGAGCCGGGGCGCGGGCGCGCUUCAGCGCCGGACAACGACCUACCUCAUCUCGCUGACCCUGGUUAAGCUCGAGUCGGUGCCUCCGCCGCCGCCUUCUCCGUCUGCGGCCGCGGCCGGCGCCGCCGGUGCCAGAGGCUCCGAGACUGGGGAUCCUGGCAGCCCCCGAGGCGCGGAGGAGCCGGGCAAGAAGCGGCACGAACGUCUCUUCCACCGGCAGGAUGCGCUGUGGAUCAGCACGAGCAGCGCGGGCACCGGGGGCGCGGAGCCCCCAGCCCUGUCCCCGGCUCCGGCCAGUCCGGCCCGCCCAGUCUCCCCCGCUCCCGGCCGCCGCCUCUCCCUCUGGGCCGUCCCUCCGGGACCCCCGCUCUCCGGGGGACUGAGCCCCGACCCCAAGCCUGGGGGCGCCCCCACCUCCUCCCGGCGCCCCCUACUCAGCAGCCCGAGCUGGGGCGGCCCGGAGCCCGAAGGCCGGGCGGGCGGCGGCAUCCCUGGCUCAUCCUCUCCGCACCCUGGCACUGGCAGCCGGAGGCUCAAGGUGGCGCCUCCUCCGCCGGCUCCCAAGCCUUGCAAGACCGUGACCACGAGUGGAGCCAAAGCCGGCGGGGGCAAGGGCGCGGGUAGCCGCCUGUCAUGGCCCGAAAGCGAGGGCAAGCCCAGGGUCAAGGGGUCAAAGAGCAGCGCUGGGACUGGAGCUUCGGUCUCUGCCGCCGCCACCGCUGCCGCCGCCGGGGGAGGGGGCGCUACAGCUUCGACCUCUGGUGGGGUCGGGGCUGGGGCUGGAGCCCGAGGGAAGUUGUCCCCUCGGAAAGGCAAGAGUAAGACCUUGGACAACAGUGACUUGCAUCCGGGACCGCCUGCCGGCUCUCCUCCUCCGCUAACCCUCCCACCAACUCCGAGUCCAGCCACUGCUGUCACCGCUGCUUCCGCGCAGCCCCCCGGGCCUGCACCUCCAAUCACUCUGGAGCCUCCAGCUCCGGGGCUGAAACGGGGCCGGGAGGGGGGCCGAGCAUCCACUCGUGACCGCAAGAUGCUCAAGUUUAUCAGCGGCAUCUUCACCAAGAGCACAGGAGGGCCUCCUGGCUCCGGGCCCCUUCCCGGACCCCCCAGCCUGUCUUCUGGCAGCGGGUCCAGGGAGCUGCUGGGCGCCGAGCUCCGCGCUUCCCCUAAGGCUGUGAUCAAUAGCCAGGAAUGGACUUUGAGCCGCUCCAUUCCUGAACUGCGCCUGGGUGUGCUGGGCGAUGCCAGGAGUGGGAAGUCAUCGCUCAUCCACCGAUUCCUGACUGGCUCAUACCAGGUGCUGGAGAAGACAGAGAGUGAGCAGUACAAGAAAGAAAUGUUGGUGGAUGGACAGACACAUCUGGUGCUAAUCCGAGAGGAAGCUGGGGCACCUGAUGCCAAGUUCUCAGGCUGGGCAGAUGCUGUGAUCUUCGUCUUCAGCCUGGAGGAUGAGAACAGUUUCCAGGCUGUGAGCCGUCUCCAUGGGCAGCUGAGUUCCCUUCGCGGGGAGGGACGAGGAGGCCUGGCCUUGGCACUGGUGGGGACACAAGACAGGAUCAGUGCUUCCUCCCCUCGGGUGGUGGGAGAUGCUCGUGCCAGAGCUCUGUGCGCGGACAUGAAACGCUGCAGCUACUAUGAGACUUGUGCAACCUAUGGGCUCAAUGUGGAUCGGGUCUUCCAGGAGGUGGCCCAGAAGGUGGUGACCUUGCGCAAGCAGCAACAGCUUCUGGCUGCCUGCAAGUCCCUGCCCAGCUCCCCAAGCCACUCAGCUGCAUCCACUCCGGUAGCUGGCCAGGCUAGUAACGGGGGCCACACUAGCGACUACUCUUCUUCCCUCCCGUCCUCACCGAAUGUUGGUCACCGGGAGCUCCGAGCCGAGGCAGCUGCAGUGGCUGGAUUGAGCACCCCAGGGUCCCUGCACCGGGCAGCCAAGCGCAGGACCAGCCUUUUUGCGAAUCGUCGGGGUAGUGACUCCGAGAAACGAAGCUUGGAUAGUCGGGGAGAGACAACAGGGAGUGGGCGAGCUAUCCCCAUCAAACAGAGCUUCCUACUGAAACGAAGUGGCAAUUCCUUGAACAAAGAAUGGAAGAAGAAAUAUGUAACCCUGUCCAGUAAUGGCUUUCUACUCUACCACCCCAGUAUUAACGAUUACAUCCACAGUACCCACGGCAAGGAGAUGGACUUGCUGCGAACAACAGUCAAAGUCCCGGGCAAGCGGCCCCCGAGGGCCAUCUCUGCCUUUGGCCCCUCAGCCAGCAUUAACGGGCUCGUCAAGGACAUGAGCACUGUCCAGAUGGGUGAAGGCCUGGAAGCCACUACUCCCAUGCCAAGCCCUAGCCCCAGCCCCAGUUCCCUGCAGCCACCACCAGAUCAGACAUCCAAACAGCUGCUGAAGCCAGACCGGAAUUUGGCCCGAGCCCUCAGCACGGACUGUACCCCAUCUGGAGACCUGAGCCCCCUGAGUCGGGAACCCCCUCCUUCUCCCAUGGUGAAGAAGCAGAGGAGGAAAAAAUUGACAACACCAUCCAAGACUGAAGGCUCGGCUGGGCAGGCUGAAGCCAAGCGCAAAAUGUGGAAACUAAAAUCCUUUGGUAGUUUAAGAAAUAUUUAUAAAGCAGAGGAAAACUUUGAGUUCCUGAUCGUGUCCAGCACGGGUCAGACGUGGCACUUUGAGGCAGCCAGUUUUGAGGAGCGGGAUGCCUGGGUCCAGGCCAUCGAGAGUCAGAUCCUAGCCAGUCUGCAAUGCUGUGAGAGCAGCAAGGUCAAGCUGCGCACAGACAGCCAAAGCGAGGCCGUGGCCAUCCAGGCGAUCCGGAACGCCAAGGGGAAUUCAAUCUGCGUGGACUGCGGGGCCCCCAACCCCACGUGGGCCAGCUUGAACCUGGGCGCCCUCAUCUGCAUCGAGUGUUCUGGCAUCCACCGCAACCUGGGCACACACCUGUCCCGCGUUCGCUCGCUGGACUUGGACGACUGGCCACGGGAGCUGACCCUGGUGCUGACGGCUAUUGGCAACGACACGGCCAACCGCGUGUGGGAAAGCGACACGCGAGGCCGUGCCAAGCCCACGCGGGACUCUUCGCGGGAGGAGCGCGAGUCGUGGAUUCGGGCCAAGUACGAGCAGCUGCUGUUCCUGGCGCCGCUGAGCACCACGGAGGAGCCGCUGGGCCGCCAGCUGUGGGCCGCCGUGCAGGCCCAGGACGUGGCUACCGUUCUCCUGCUUUUGGCCCAUGCGCGACACGGGCCGCUCGACACCAGCGUAGAGGACCCACAGCUGCGCUCCCCACUCCACCUGGCGGCCGAGCUCGCCCACGUCGUCAUCACGCAACUGCUGCUGUGGUACGGCGCGGACGUGGCGGCCCGUGACGCCCAGGGCCGCACGGCGCUGUUCUACGCCCGCCAGGCUGGAAGCCAGCUGUGCGCCGACAUCCUUCUCCAGCACGGCUGCCCGGGUGAGGGCGGCAGCGCGGCCACCACGCCCAGCGCGGCCACCACGCCCAGCAUCACCGCCACGCCCAGCCCCCGCCGCCGGAGCAGCGCCGCUAGCGUGGGCCGCGCCGACGCCCCGGUUGCGCUGGUAUAGUUGCCCAGCGGGAGAGACACCCCCAUCCCCACGCGGGCCGGGCACGACCACACCGGGCGGACCGCUGGACAGACGCACCCACUCACCUCUCCGAUCCGCACCCCGCCCCACGGGAGCACUUCCUACCCCCACGAGGGCACAGCCCCCACGCCUUCCAGAAGACACAAACUCACCUCCCUCUCCCCAACGAGGCAUGGAGACCCCAGCUCAACACGCCCCCUCUCCAUUGUUUCCACACUCGGAUUGCUCUGGGUCUACCCGCUCGGGGUUCGCGGAAGGGGACGUCCCCAGCGGUACGGGCUCCUAGGCGCUUGGACAUGCCCGCUUGUGCCCCCUAGGGGCGGAAAGAAGACCCGGUCCUGCCCGAGCUCAACAAUCCCAGGGCGGGAGCCCAUACCCAGGCUGGCUCCUGGGGCGACGCCACGCCAGAGGGAGGGUUUAGUACGUGGGAGGGCUAGCCCCGGGACUUGGGGCCAAUACGGAAACCCUACCCCUUCCAUGCUCAUCUCACUGCCCAGUGAAGGGGGCAAGGGCAGCGAGGGGCAGGACCCCUGCUGCUCGUGGGGGUGGGGGGUUCCCAACCCUUUCCGUGAAAGGGACCGUGAGUAGUGGAAACCAGGACGUCCCCUACACCUACCCAUGGGUGGAAGCUAAAGAGUCCGGGGGGAACCAAGAGCCUGGGUCCCUCCCACUACUAUCUUGGGAGGGAGAAGGGAUGGAGCAGGAGCGGGCUAAGAGGGCUGCGGGGGCCUUGUAAUUUAUUGCUUUGUUCCCCAACAUGGGGAUGGGGGCGGGCAGGGGCGUGGGGAGGGCGUUUUGGGGUAGGGGAAGCCCAGGGUGGGCAGGGGGUGGGGUGGGGUGGGGGUGCUCUCGGGUUGUGUCUGUGACCGUGACUGCGUACCUGUGACUGUGCAGCGCCCGUGGUGAUCUGGGGUAGGGGGCACCCCUACAGUGGGACCCCUCCCCCAUUAUUCUUUCUGUCCAGCCCCUCCCUCCCACUGGAGCAGCUCCAGAGCCAUUCCUCACCCCUGUGACCUCUCCCAGCCAGGGCUGAGAGGAUUCGAGGUGGCUGGGAGGGUUUCCAGGCCCCCUGCCCCUUCCCCACAAGGUGGGUGAUAGGGCGGACUUACCUGGCCCAGCCCUGCCUCCCUCAGCCAACCCAGCCCUUGGGCUGUCUGUGUCAGUGGUUUCCGGUCUUUUUUUUUUUUUCUGGCUAAAAUAGUUUGCAAAGGACCAGGUAAUUGGGGAGGGGAGAGAGGUGGGGGCAAGGGGGAAAUGCCCCCCCAUCUCCUUGGAGGCAGUGGUGUGAAUCUUCUUCAACAGCAAUUAAAGAGGAAGUGAUUUUGUCUA